CUUGCAGGCCUGGAUUCUAUAAAGCAUUUGCUGGAAAUGUAAAGUGUUCCAAGUGCCCUCCACACAGUUUGACUUACUCAGAAGCAACUUCUGUCUGUCAGUGUGAGAAAGGUUACUUCAGAGCUGAGAAGGACCCACCAACUAUGGCAUGUACCCGUCCACCUUCUGCUCCAAGGAAUGUGAUUUUUAACAUUAAUGAAACAGCUCUCAUGUUGGAAUGGAGCCCCCCGAGUGACACUGGAGGAAGGAAAGAUCUCACUUACAGUGUCAUCUGUAAGAAAUGCGGGUCAGACGCCAGCCAGUGUGAGAUCUGUGGGGGAGGGAUCCGCUUCAUCCCCAGGCACACGGGUCUCAUCAACUCCUCGGUGACAGUGCUUGACUUUGUGUCGCACGUGAACUACACCUUUGAGAUCGAAGCCACAAAUGGGGUCUCGGAGCUGAGUUUCUCCCCCAAGCAGUUCACAGCUAUCACAGUUACCACAGACCAAGAUGCACCCUCCUUGAUAGGUAUGGUAAGGAAGGACUGGGCUUCCCAAAACAGCAUUGCCCUCUCCUGGCAAGAGCCGGACUUUCCCCAUGGAGCCAUUCUGGACUACGAGAUCAAGUACUAUGAGAAAGUCUACCCACGGAUAGCGCCGGCAUUUUGGCACUACCUGCGGGUAGAAGAGCAUGAGCAGCUCAGCUAUUCCUCCACAAGGUCCAAGGCUCCAAGUGUUAUCAUCACAGGUCUCAAGCCAGCCACCAAGUAUAUAUUUCAUAUCAGAGUCAGAACGGCAGCAGGAUACAGCGGCUAUAGCCAGAAGUUUGAAUUUGAAACUGGAGAUGAAA